AUGGAUCUCGAUGGUUUGGCGAAACUCCAAACGGAGGGCGUGAAUCCCCGCACGACCAAUAUCGAUCGCAUGUCAACGUUGGAGAUGUGUACUGUGAUCAACAACGAUGACCACCUGGUAGCAGAGAGUGUUGUGCCAUGUCUCCCUGUGAUUGCGAGUGCGAUCGAUGCAUUGGCUUUGCGAGUUCAUAAAGGUGGUAGGGUAGUCUAUGUUGGAGCUGGAACAAGCGGAAGGCUCGGCAUCUUGGACGCUUCAGAAAUCCCACCCACUUUCGCUGCUCCACGAUCUCAAUUUGUCGGAUUGAUCGCCGGCGGAGACAAUGCCAUUCGACAGGCACAGGAGGGUGCCGAAGACAGCGACCAAGCUGGCAGAGAGGAUCUAGAGCGUCUGGAUCUCGACCCAGAACUCGAUAGCGUGAUCGGUAUUGCUAGUUCAGGCCGUACGCCGUACGUUCUUGGAUGUCUCGCCUUUGCUAAAGGGCUAGGUUGCCUGACAAUUGGCAUUGCCUGCACCUCUCCAUCAAAAAUGGGUCACUCCGGUGAUGUAGACUUCCUGAUUGCGCCCUUACCCGGUGCAGAAGUUGUGACUGGUAGCACUAGGCUCAAAGCCGGAACGGCCACAAAAAUGGUCUUGAACAUGUUGAGCACGGGCACUAUGAUUCGGAUCGGGAAGACUUAUGGCAAUAUGAUGGUUGAUAUGGUGGCAUCGAAUCUCAAACUUGAGCAGCGCGCUCGGAAUAUUCUACGUCGACUAAGCGCGAAAUGCAAUAUCAUGUCGGAUUCCGAAUUGGAUGCACUUCUUGCGAAGUGCAGCCGAAGCGUCAAGCUCGCUAUUCUGGUCGCUGAAACAGAAGCAUCUGUUGAGAGCUGCCAAUUGACCUUAACAUCAACUGGAGGUGUUCUCGCAAUGGCGUUGUCGAAGGCACUUCAAUCUCCACAACUGUCUUCAUCUAACAGCCAUCGAAGACUAUACUCACUUUGUAUCGAUGGUGGAGGCACUAAAUGCUCAGCUGUCAUUGCAGAUAUUAACGGCGUGAUAAGCCGUGGGUCUGCUGGACCAUGCAAUAUUACCGAUAGCGUGGAAAAUCUGAAUGCAAUAAUGUCUACUCUGACUACAGCCACCAAAGCUGCGAUGAGAGAGCAUGUGCCUGGUUUGACCCAUUUUACUGAGUCAAACUGGCAAGACUUUUUUAAGUCAUCCUUCAAGUCGGUCUGGAUCGGUCUUGCUGGUAUGGACCGGAGUGGCCUAUACAGUGUACUAGCCCCGCAACUUGGUGAGAUCUUCGGGCUUGAUCAUACCACGCCGGCCCUCAAGUUGACGAACGAUGUGUCAUUGUUGACUGCAGCGGUGGCAGGCCAGAAUGAGCAUCCCUCUAUCAUUGCUGUCAUUGCAGGCACGGGAAGUGUCACAAUGCGAUACAACUGGAGCGAGGAUGAGGGCUACACAUGCGUUAGCCGAGCCGGUGGAUGGGGCCACCUGUUAGGAGACGAAGGCGGAGGCUAUUCCAUCGGCUUGGAAGCCAUCAAGCAUACUCUCGAUGUAUUGGAAGAAAAGUCGCUAGGCCUUGGUCAAAAUGAUUUAGGUAACUUUGAACAUGCAGUUAUCAAGAAGCUGGGAGGAAACAUCCAGAGCAACGGCAAUAUUGAUCUUUUAAGCGAGAUUCUUUCCCGGGCCGGUGCACAGUGCGUGAAAUCCCGGAUAGCAGGGGUAGCGGAGACGGUCAUAGGACUGGCAAAGUACAGCCGCACUGCAAAGAGGAUUAUGGACGACAAGGUUUCUUUGAUUGUUCGGAAAUCCCUUCUGCGUCUGGCUGAUACUAGAUCAAAUGGUUAUACCAGAACCGAGGAGACGGAGUUGGUAUUGGCUGGCGGGUUGAUGAAAAAUGAAGAGUACCAAGGUACUUUGAGGCAGCAGCUUGCCCAACAGGGGCUUAAUUUCCGAGGGAUAAGAGUGGUUGAAGAUGUUGCUGUGACGGUAGCCAAAUAUUUGAUGUCUUGA